GCAUAUUUAUAAAUAUGAAUGUUCGUCAAUAUUGUAGAAUAGAUUGAGUUGAACGUCUGUUUGGACACAACUCUUGAGAUGGGCACAUCUGCUGAGGUGGCAGGCAGAUACCAAUUUUCAGAGCCUACUUUUGGAGCAGUUGGUGCUGGGAUUAUCCAAGAUGUUUUGCUUCAUAUGGCAAAAGAGAAUGAGCAGUAUUUGAGUGAGCUGUGCAAUGAAGCAGGAUGCUUUAAGGAAACGCACAUAGUGGAAUUUGUGUUUCUUUUAUCUGAAAAAUGGAACUUGUCUCAAUCUGCAAGAUACCAAGCAAUAGAAAUCUUUGAAAGGUUCAUGCUCACAAUGACUGAAGAUUUCUCUAAUUCCACCACAGCAAAGGUGGAAGACAGUGACUGGUCCUCAGUGAAAAGGCAAAUCAAGGGCAGAUUUAUGCUAUAUCUGGUCUCUUCCAUUCAGCUUGCUAGCAAACUGUCCUUCCACUACAGAAUCGUUAAUAACAACAUGGUUCUGAAGUUUCUGAAUUCUUUAGGUUUCUGUUAUACCACAGAAGAAGUCCUGGAAUCAGAACUGGCUAUUUUGAAGGCUCUGCAUUUCCAAAUCAAUGUUCCGGCUCCUUUUGCUUAUGUUGAGAUGCUCCUGGAGGUUUUAGGGUACAAUGGUUAUUUGUUUCCCACAAAAGAACUAUAUGGAAUGUGCAGACAUUUGCUGGGUUUAACUUACCUCUUGAGGAAAAGCAUCUAUGAUACUUUGCUAAAAGCUUCAAUUCAAAAUACAUCACCAAGUGAGCUCCAGCGAGCGCAGUUUGUGUCUGUAAAAGAAGAUCUCAUGCUACUGGCUGUAGGAGUUAUUGGAGGAAGUUCUUUCCUGCUGAACCCUGAGAGCUGGAAUCAGGUUAUGGAAUAUCUCAGUGACACCACAAGCAUUAGUCUGCAAAGCAUUACUGAAAUAGUCUAUGCAAUUCUGAAGCACAGUGUUGGCAGUGCUGUGGAUGAUUACUAAAUCAUUCUCUCCCUCUUAUACAACUGGAGGACCAGCCUAUCAAGUUACAUGUUGCCUUACUUCAAAUACAUUUGGUACUUUCAAAGAGAUUGUUUUUCAUGUUUGAAUAAAACAAGAUUCCCAAUUGUGGUUUACAGAUUAGUUGCAACUAAUGGGUAUUUCACUAUUGGUUUGUUACCGUAAGAGGCAAGGUACAAGUUUUAAAGAAAGUCCCCUCCUUCCAUGCCAUGGAAGAGACUCAGACCCAAUUAUAAAGCAAUAUUACAUGGCUACAAUACAGAUGAGGAAUUAUGGUUGCUUGUAAAAACACUACAAGUGUAUAUUGCUAAAAUCAGAGAAAUGUUUCUUCUGAAAGCCUUCUCCAGUGUAGAACUCUCAGAAUGGACUGAUAAAUGCAUUUAUAGGGGAGGAAAAAGUAUUAAAUGGCUGUCACUGAUUAAUAAAGAUGCAGUGUUUCUCUAGAAUACAAACUAAUUUAUUUUUGUGUAUCCUAUUGUGUAGUAAUCAAACUGCAAACACCGAUUACAUCAUAACUAACAUGUAUGCAAGUUCUUAGGCCAGAAAAGAGACCUAAAUGAACUCCUCUUGCUAGCUGUUCCUCAGUUGCUUCUUUCCUCAGUAGUAGCCAUGUGUGUCUGACAGAUAACCA